AUGGGAAACCAACAGGCAACAAAGCUGAAACCAAAAUAUUAUAUGGAGGGCUGGGAUGCCUUACAAAUAUCACCAGGAGUCUAUAUUCCUCGAAAGAGGAGGCGGCAGGUGGAGGAGGCGUCCAAUAAUCUAGGGGGGACACCAGGCUCAGGGCGACGGAGAAAGUGCCAAAUAGUGGACCUUCAAGCAACAGAUAAAACAAGUCAAAGAGGAACAGGUAGAGAAAGGGAGGAAGCAAGGACUUCAUCUGAGCUGUUAAAGCCAGUUUGGAAAGCGAAGCUACCCAGAGAUUCUCCUGAAAGUUUACAAAGAACUCUCAGCAUAAAAAGCCAUUUCUCCUCCUCAAGGAAGAUUUUAUCUUCCAAUGCAAAAAGCUGUCUGACUGAGUCUGACACUGACCUUUCUGAGUACGACAAUGGGAUGUACUCUGUGUUAAAUCUGAACACCGAAACACAGAACAGUGAGAUUGCAGGCUGGAAACAUGAGAAAGAGAAAACUAAAGAGGCUGACACCAAGCCAUGUCAAGAUGCUGCAGCACAGAGAGUGAUAGGAAAGAUCAAGGAGGUGGAGGAGAUCUUACGCCAGGUCAGUCUUACCAGCUCAAACUGGAUCACAGAUGGUCAUGAGGAGGAUGACAGCUUCAUGUUUGCUUCUUCAGAAGUUUUACAGCAAGUUACAUGCUGGUUAGAAGAUCAAAAUAGGGCAUCAGCAGAAGAAGCCGGGAAGCUUUGUGCUCAUGAUAAUGCUCAGAGUCUGAACAUGACCUGGACAAAGGCAAGAAAAUCAGAGGAUAAAGAUCAGACCAAGAUGAAAACGUCUAAUUUCCAUGACUUCAACUGUCCCCUUACAUCGCAUAUCCAUUCCUACAGUGUGUCGGGUAGAGAGGAUAGGUCCCUUGCGCCGUCCCCCACCUUUUCGACAUCUAGCAGCUUGGAAAGUCUAUCCCCCAUCCUGUCUUCUCCUCUCACGUCAAGCUUGACCAAUAUGACAGACUGGCAAAAUGCAGACGUAUCCAAGAGGAAAAAGGAAAUGACCGAUUCAGAAAAAGAGCUUUGGGACAUCUUGGAGGCUCAAGGCUGUAAAAAGGUCACCACAAACCCUUGGGGGGCUGAAAAGGAUUUGGGGCCCGAAGAGGAGAAGUUAAUGCGGUCAACUCUACAGCUGAAGGAAGAUUAUCUGCUGUCUUCUGAUGAAGCCCUGCAGAGACAGGAGGAGAUCUGGCAGCAGGAGGUGGAGGAGUCUUUGUCUCGUUGUAGGUCUCUUUUUCAUCCAUCAAGACCGAAACAUGUUGAUUUCCUGCAUAUCACUGCUCCUGAUGAUGAGGUCACUGAAUUUCCCUUAGCCGAACCUCUCCACCAGCUAACG